AUGGCUGAAUCUGCCCGCCCCGAUAUCCAGAGCAUUCUGGCCGCGCUUGCUUCCCAGAGGCCACCGUCGUCGACGUCCACUCAGACACCACCGGCAGCAACCGGCGCAUAUCCAGCGCCGCCUGCUGGUGCUCCGCCAGCAUCGUAUCAACCCCCGCCACCAGGUGUCGCGAGCUUCCCCGGUAGCUCUGCGCUGCCUGCCCCUGCGUCUAGCGGCAAUGUCGACCUGAGCGCCCUUCGACCUGUUAACUCGGGGACUAUGAACUUCGACGACAUCAUCUCGAAAGCGCGGGCCUUUGCGACCGAGAAGGGCAUCACACCCUAUGACCGCCCACUUGUCUACGGCUCAGAUUCUAGGAACCCUGAUCGACCCUACCGUCGAUCCAGGUCGCGAUCUCCUCCCCGAGGCGGCAGCGAAUACCAUAACAACGGCAGCUCAUAUCGAGAUGAUCGCCGUGGAGGACAGGGUCGAGAGUAUGGCCGCGAUCGUUCUUACUCGCCCCCAUCGCGAGGCCGCACCUUUUCGCCUCGUAGUGGCAGCGGCCGAGAAAGGUCUCCCCUUAGAGGAGGCGAUGACAACUCCGAGACUAUCCAGAUCGAAUCCAGCUUGGUCGGCUUGAUUAUUGGCCGUCAAGGCGAGAACCUGCGAAGGAUUGAAGCCGACACAAACUGUCGUGUACAGUUCCUGGCAGCUACUGAUGGCGGCCCAUUUAGACAGUGCAAGAUCACUGGCCCGCGCGCUCGUCGCGCUGAAGUGAAGACGGCCGUCAAUCGCAUUAUUGAAGACAGCGGAAUGGGAGCCCUCAACCGCGCCCAAGAAAAGCCUCGCGAUCCCGCAAGAGGUGGAGCAGCUGCUCUAAGAGAUGGUGAAGACCAUAUGCAAAUCAUGGUCCCAGAUCGCACCGUUGGCCUCAUUAUCGGGCGAGGAGGCGAGACUAUUCGGGAUCUGCAGGAACGGUCUGGCUGUCACAUCAAUAUUGUCGGUGAAUCAAAGAGUGUCAACGGCUUGCGACCUGUGAACCUCAUUGGUAGCCGUGAAGCUGCUGCCCGGGCUAAGGACUUCAUCAUGGAGAUUGUCGAUAGCGACAGCCGAGGCGACGGCCCGGCCUCUGGUACCAAGAAGCCUGCUGGUGCUUCUCGCAACGAUGGACCUCCGAGAGACUACACUGGCGGUGGCGCUACUGACAAGAUCACUGAUGCGAUAUAUGUUCCUUCUGAUGCAGUAGGUAUGAUUAUCGGUAAAGGAGGCGAAACCAUUCGGGAGAUGCAAAACGUCACGGGCUGCAAGAUCAAUGUAGCUCAGUCAUCAGGACCCGGUGAAGUUCAACGAGAGAUUGCGCUCGUUGGGACGCGGGAGAGCAUCGCCCAGGCCAAGCAAGCAAUCGAUGAAAAAGUAGAAGCUGUGCGACAAAAGAGCAGCGGUGGCGGUGGCGGCGGCCGUGGCCGUGGGCCACAAGAUGACCGGCCAAGCUAUGCCCACCAAGGCCCUGAUUCCUCUACUAACCAGCCUCCCCAGACUUCUUCAGGCGAUGGCACAGAUCCAUAUGCUCAAUAUGGUGGUUAUCAAAACUACGUCGCUCUCUGGUACCAGUCAUUGAUGUACCAGCAACAACAACAGGGAGGACAAGCGACUCCUCCCUCUGGGGGCCCUCCUGCCGGUGCUCUCCCCCCCGGAGCCCAGUAA